AUGGGAAAUAGGUCUUUGACAGAGGCAGACCACGCACUGCUGUCUAAACCUCUUGUACCGACAGUUUCGGAACAUACACAAACGCAAGAUUACUCCCGUUCUUUCUUGGAUGACAGUAACACUCAGAGUGCGUCAGAACUGCAUGGUUCACCACAGGGUCAGUUUGGAGACAAGGCAUUGACUAAUACCAACCGCUUUAUUCCCCUGGCAAACAACAACCCGGGUAUGCAGCACGAGAUGGGUCUUGAUCCGUCUAUGAGGCGUAGAAGAGAGGAAUGGGCAGAACGUGGUGCGGCAAAAAUUAUUAAGGACGUUGUCGACCCAACGACGGGGGAGUUAACUAAGCAUGUGGUAAAGAUGGGGAUAAAGGACUUCAAGUUCGGUGAGCAACUCGGAGACGGGUCAUAUUCUAGUGUUGUUCUGGCUACCGCCCGCGAGUCGGGCAAGAAGUACGCAGUCAAAGUGUUGAGUAAAGAGUACUUGAUACGUCAAAAAAAAGUCAAAUACGUCACGGUGGAGAAAUUGGCCUUACAGAAGCUGAAUGGUACUAAGGGCAUAAUCAGGCUUUUUUUUACAUUCCAGGACGAGGCAAGUUUGUAUUUUCUUCUAGAAUAUGCCCCCCACGGUGAUUUCUUGGGCCUGAUUAAGAAGUAUGGGUCCCUAAACGAGAUAUGUGCGCGCUAUUAUGCGUCGCAAAUCAUCGAUGCCGUUGACUCCUUGCACAGUAUCGGCAUUAUACAUAGGGAUAUCAAGCCCGAAAACAUUUUACUCGACAAAGAUAUGAAAGUGAAGUUGACAGAUUUCGGGACAGCCAAAAUUUUACCGGAGCAGCCGUCAAACGCAGCAGAUGGAAAGCCUUGUUUUGAUUUGUAUGCAAAAUCCAAAUCGUUUGUUGGUACUGCAGAGUAUGUUUCACCCGAGCUACUAAAUGACAGCUAUACAGAUUCUCGUUGCGAUAUUUGGGCCUUCGGUUGCAUCUUGUAUCAGAUGCUUGCGGGGAAACCGCCUUUCAAAGCUGCCAAUGAAUAUUUGACGUUCCAAAAAGUAAUGAAGAUUCAGUAUGCCUUUACUGCAGGUUUUCCACAAAUAGUGAAAGAUCUGGUGAAAAAACUAUUAGUUAGGGAUCCGAACGAUAGACUGGCCAUUGAACAGAUCAAAGCACAUGUCUUCUUUGAUAAAAUCAAUUUUGAAGAUGGUUCAGUAUGGGAUGGUGAUCCGCCAGAAAUACAAUCUUAUAAAAUAAGUGCAGAGGCGAUGAAACCACCUCCAAAAGUUUCCGAGAACGAUACCACUUCAAAACUGGGCAAUCUUCAACUGAGCAGUAGGAGUCAUCUGGACAACACACCACAAGAGCCAGCAAUGACCUCUCAAGAUCAAUCUGUGAUAAGCAUGACUGCAGCAACAGCAGCUUUCAAUAAAGAGUACACAGGUCAACCAAAAAUGGGGAACAAAUUGAGCACAUUUAGUAGAUCUGUGUCGGGCAAUAUAGGUCGCGAAAAGGCGCAAAGGAAGGUUUCAAAUGAUCACACAUAUGUGCCACCUACUUCAGUCUCGACCACACUAAAGGGAAAAGAUAACAGAAGUCGUUCUUCUGACAAUCUUCGGUCUUAUUUGUUGCAAAACAUGGGUGAACAUGCUUUAUUGAUGAAGGAUGUAGAGAUUUCAGCACAAAACUUGGAAAGUGUAGUUCCAGACUACAGAAGCUCUAUUGAUGUUGGUCCUCCUACUGACAAUUCACGCAAAUUUCACAAGAGGGUGUUAGUAAUAACAAAUUUGGGGAGAGCACUGGUUUUUACCAAGGAAAGAGCUCUCAAAAUGCGGAAGGAAAAUGAACUCGAGUUACAGUUUGAAUUAAAGUUGAACGAAGUUGAAAGGAUGAUCUAUAGAAAUGAUCAACUGCUGGAAAUUGACGCCCCCAAGACGAUUUUCAUUAGAUGUAAAGAGAGGUCAGUUUUAAUGAAAAUUUGGAAAGUGAUUAAUAGUGAAGUAAACGUGGAGCCCAACGUGGCAUCGCCGAAACGGGACCAUAAAAUGUUCGAUAAGUUCAUUUCCCAAAAAAGCCAAAAUACAAAGAAAAAAAACCAAGCACCUCCUGUACCUGAAUCCAAUAGAUUAGUAAACGGUCUACCAGGCAGCUGUAUUUCAAAGGCUUCUGAAAAAGGAGAACUUAACACAAAACGUCCCACUUCAUUGCAGACCCGAUCAUCCUCCAAUUAUUCCAAGUUGCUGGCAAAAUCAACGCAAAUGCGGAAAAGCAUAACACGAACAAACGAAUAA